AUGUUCUCCUCCGAGUUCCGCGCCCUCGUCGUAAGAUCAACAGCCAUGGCAUCGACGUCGGCGGCAGGAGCCCAGAACGGGACCGCGUCAGGGUCCGUCGAGACGAGCGUGGGCUCGACAAUCUUUGCGCGCCUGCAUCCGCAGCAGUACCUCUCUCGCUUUCUCGCCCUCUCGCUCCGGCCCGAUGGCAGGAGUGCGCGGGCCUGGCGAGGCACCACGGUGGCGCCCUCGUCGAUUUCGUCUGCGCAGGGGAGCAGCAUGGUCCGGCUUGGUGGCACUGUAAUUGUUGCGGGUGUCAAGGCAGAGAUCGUUGACACAACGCAGGAGCCCGAAGAGGAGGAAGACGACGAAGACAAUACAGAGGCGUCAGGGCGGCUUCUUGGAAGGAGAUUGGUCCCCAACGUCGACCUGGGGCCCAUGGCUAGCGCCCGCUUCAGGCCCGGCCCACCCGGGCAGGAGGCCCAGGUCGUAUCGCACCAGCUCUACCACAUCCUUUCUUCUUGCCCACCGCUCGACGCACGAAGCCUGACGAUCGAGCGGGGCCACGCUGCGUGGUGCCUCUACGUCGACCUGGUCUGCAUCGCCUACGACGGCAACGUCCUCGACGCCGCCCUGCUCGCUCUCAUGACUGCCCUGCGCGAGACAUCGCUCCCCGCGACGCGCUUCGACGUCGACGAGCUCCGCGUCAUCUGCGACCCCGACCCAGCUACCGCAAGGCGGCUCGAGCUUAAGAGCCUGCCCCUCGCGUGCUCCUUUGGCAUCGUCGACGGCUCGCACCUCCUCUGCGACCCAAACGCAUUUGAGUCCACGCUCACAUCGGCCUCGGUCGUCGUCGCUGUGAAUGCGCUGCGAGAGACGGAUGCAGACGAGGAAGAGGAAGAAUUGAUCCACGUCGAAACGUCUGGCCUGGCCAAGGCUCGCAUCACCCACGAAGAGAUGCACGAUGCCAACCUGGCACCGUCUGCCGCCGGGGAUCAGAGCGAUGCCACGGUGAAGGAGGCACCUGAUGGAAGCUCGAUUAUCAUCAAAGACGAAGCCCUCACUCAGCUCUGCGUUCAGCGCGCCAAAGCACGCUGUCGAGAACUGCGAUCUCUGGUCCUUUCGUCGUCAUCAUCACGGUCAUAA